CUGGGAACGGAGGAAACCAAAGUUACCAGGCCGGGCGGCCGGUGCCCGCAGCAAGCCGCCCACCCCGGGGAGGCCCGGCGGCCUGAGGCCGCCCGCCGCCGCUUAUGCAACACAUCAUCGAUAACCACCCCGACAUGGCCACCGCGCUGCUGGCGGGCGAGAAGCUGAAGGAGCUCAUCCUGCCGGGGCAGCAGGAUGACAAGGCGGGCGCGCUGGCGGCUCUGCUCCUCCAGCUGAAGCUGGAGCUGCCAUUCGACCGCGUGGUCACCAUCGGCACCGUCCUCAUCCCCAUCCUCCUCGUGACCCUCGUCUUCACCAAGAACUUCGCCGAGGAGCCAAUAUACUGUUACACACCACACAACUUCACCCGCGAUCAAGCCUUGUAUGCCAGAGGAUACUGUUGGACAGAACUAAAAGAUGCCUUGCCAGGAGUUGAUGCCAGCCACUGGCCCUCCUUGUUUGAGCAUAAGUUCCUGCCUUAUGCACUACUGGCUUUUGCUGGGAUCAUGUACAUUCCGGCUCUGGGCUGGGAAUUUCUGGCCUCCACUCGACUCACUUCCGAACUUAAUUUUUUGCUUCAGGAGAUUGACAAUUGUUACCACCGUGCAGCUGAAGGGCGGGCACCAAAAAUAGAGAAACAAAUUCAGUCCAAAGGCCCAGGGAUCACUGAGAGAGAGAAGAGAGAAAUUAUUGAGAAUGCAGAGAAAGAGAAAAGCCCUGAACAAAAUUUGUUUGAGAAAUACCUGGAGAGAAGAGGACGAAGUAACUUUUUAGCUAAGCUUUAUCUUGCAAGACAUUUAUUCAUCAUCUUUUUAAGCAUCAUACCAAUUACAUACUUAUCCACCUACUACGCUACACAGAAGCAAAAUGAAUUUACGUGUGCACUAGGAGAGCCUCCAGAUAAAACAAGCAGCUCCAAGUUGCACAUCAGAGUGAACUGUAAACUGCCAUCUGUCCAGCUCCAACGGAUUAUUGCUGGCGUAGAUAUUGUUCUCCUUUGCUUUAUGAACUUGAUAAUCCUCAUCAAUUUAAUUCAUCUCUUUAUAUUUCGCAAGUCCAACUUCAUAUUUGAUAAACUAAACAAAGUUGGAAUAAAGACCAAGAAACAGUGGCAGAAGUCCCAGUUUUGUGACAUCAAUAUUUUGGCUAUGUUUUGUAAUGAAAAUCGGGACCACAUAAAAUCAUUAAACCGUCUGGAUUUCAUUACAAAUGAAAGUGAUCUGAUGUAUGACAAUGUGGUGCGCCAGCUGCUUGCAGCAUUGGCCCAGUCCAAUCAUGACGCCACACCAACCAUGCGUGAUUCAGGGAUCCAAACAAUAGACCCAAGUGUUGAUCCAGCAGACAUUGAUGCUAAUGAACAGCUCAUCAUUAAGAGACCGAGAAAGAAGAUGAAAUGGAUCCCAACUACCAAUCCGCUUCCUCAGCCAUUCAAGGAGCAGCUAGCCAUUAUGAAAGUUGAAAACCAUAAACCUGAAAAACCUAAGCCUGUGCGGAGAAAAACAGCAACUGAUAGCCUUAUAGCUCCUCUGUUAGAGUCCACUGCAAAAACCUCACAGCAAUCAUCAGCCCAUAAAACCGAGUCAAAUGCCAUCCAAAGUACAAGUACUGAAAAAAAACACACACGACACUUUUCCUUGGAUGUUCAUCCAUAUAUACUUAGUAGUAAAAAACCCAAGCCAGAGAUUCAAGCCAUCCCCUCAAUGCCUACAUCAAAAAGCCAAGAGGGUGGAUUUUUAAAUCAGGAAGAGAAUGUCAUAGUACACGUCACCUCCUCUCUCAAAGACACCCCUCUUCCAGCGAAGGAGAUCCUAUACUCAUCUGAGACAUGCAGAACUGUGCCUGCUGCUGGAGCUUUUGUCACAUGUAACCACAACCAUAUAGCCACAACUGCUGCUACAACAAGUAUGACUUUGCAUCAGGUCAAGCCAGAACCAACACCUGCACUGAACUGCAACCCAACCCACCCGUUGCUGCACAUCAAUACAUUGUAUGAAGAUCACGAGGAAGAAGUUUCAAACAUAAUAGACAAUGGUAUCCACUCACCUACUGACACAGGGGAAAUCCUCUCCAUCACUACCCCAAAGCAGAUAAGGUUGGCCACAUUUGAUGAACCAAUGGCAAUAGUGAGCUCUGUGGAGUACUGA